AUGGACCGAACACUUACCGUCUCCGGCUGUGAGCCUCAAGCACGGAGCCAGUCAUGGACGCCGACCAUUGAGGCUACCGACUCCACGAAGGAGAUGUACCACAGAACACCGAAAAGGCACAGUUGGCCCAAGAUCAAACCUACUAGAGUUGAUGAUGACGAAGGAACACUUGAAGACGUCCAUGCCCGCAGACGCGUUUCGUUGUGCAACAAUAUCAUGCAGUUGAGUCUCAAGGUUGGCAAGGAUUGCACCGACAUCAACCACAGACUCGACCAGAUGGAGACAGCAGCAAGACAUCAUGCCGCUGAGGCAUUGUCGUCAUUGACAAGAAUGUCGGCUAUCAUUCGACACGAGCUCGACAACCUGAGGGCAUCGGCACAGGGGUUUGAAAUACCGAGACUGUCGAGUUUCUGGAUCCAGUCGUGGAAGACCAUAUAUGACAUUCGCCAACGCAUCCUGUUGGUCAACGACAUCCUUUUCCAGCUGGACGCUGACAACAAGGUACCGCAGAAGACAUGCGAGGAUGAUUAUCAUGAAGACCGUUUGGAAGGGUUCAGACUGCGGGCUUUUGUCAGCGAGGUUGAGCAAGCCGUGGUGUCGUACGCUCGUACCUCCAAGGCCCUGCGGCAAGUGAACCAAUUUGCGCUGAAGCUGCCAAAAUGCAAAGCGCCGUCCACGAAGCUUUAA